AUGAGACUCCUGCAAUAUACCUUUCUCAUUGGUUUAACAGCCCUUGGAGCUGCUUAUCCUAUUGGGAAUACAAAGGAUAUAUCUCCUCGUUUAGAGUUAUCAGGUUUGUUUGCUCUAUUCAAUGAUAGUCUCCCAAGCGAUGUUAAAGAUGACAUUAAUCGUCUAAAAGAUAUGUUCCAUGAAGCUGUUGCACCCAAAUAUGCUAUGGUGAAAAGAGCUGAAAGUACUAAAACUAUCAAUUGGGAUGGUCUUCUCAAUUUACUUGGUCCAUCCAGUUUCUCCGCGGAAUCUAAUACUGAAACCACUGGUGCAUCCCUGACAAUCGACAGUGGUGUUUCGCUGACACUUGAAGUCUAUUUCUGUUUCUUUGACGCUGCUACUCCAUUCUCAUUGUCAAAUAUUACUUCCAUCAAUAGUAACACUUCUUCUGGUACUUUUGACCUGCUUGUCUUAUAUGCUAACUCAAGUGGACUUAUCUGGACUGUGUUAGAUCAAGUUGUUGAUAAUCCAAAACUUGUGUCUAGUGCUUCAAAUUACACGGCUGGUAUUAUUGGCAAAGUUCUUCAACAUCCUCCUAACUUGACUACUAUUUAUACUGGAGCUUCAAAUUCAAACAUAAAUAUAACAGGCAUCAUUGACCCACUAAUGAAGUCUGGAUUAUUGAGUUCUCUUGCAGACGGUCUCUUGCUAGACGACAAUUUCCGUCCUAGAUUGGCAGAACUUGUCAAUAGAGCCGGUAGAGCAAAUACACCACUUUUGGAAUGGGUUAUUCAUGAUCUUCUUGCUCCCCCCCAAAACAAAAAGAGAGGGUUAUUCGAUGGAAGUUUGACUUCAUUUGUGAUGAAUUUUGCUGGUUCAGUUAUCAAUAGUGAACUUUUUAUGGGAGUUUUUGGCGAUGUGGUCAACUCUUUGAACGACACAGGAGUGGCUGUAUAUGUUGUCAAGAGGUUUUUGGAAGAAGAUAAAUAUGUCAAUAUGACUGCAGACUUUUUUGAACAAGUGACCAAUUCACCUAAAAUAGAUUGGGGAGAUGUGAAGAAUAUCAACGCAAAGGCAUUGUUAAGUGAAUUACUUAGUGAUCCUGCAAAGGUAUUUGAUAUGUUGGGCAAGGUAUUGAACAAUGGUUCUACACAACAUGUUUAUUCAGCGUUUUCUAAAUAUUUUGGAGCUGUGAAGAAACUUAUUGUGGAGAUUGAAGGUGACGGACUCUUUGAUUAUUUGAACAAGACAUUGUUCCCAUCUGGUACAGCAAAGGCCAUACUGAGUGCGACAUCGACCGCUAAAAAGGAGUCAAACAAACAACGAGUUGCCAAAGCAUUAAAUUUCAAGGAAGUAACCGUGGGAAGUGCCACAAUAACUGUAUUGCAGACAGCCACAGCGGAAACCAGUUUAGUCACUCCGGAAUCUUCAAUGGCAAACUCAGCUAACGGCCGACUGGCAUUAUCAGCCUUUGCCAUAGGGUUGCAGGUAUUACUUAUAAAAGGACAAAGCAGUAUUAAUGAGACGGCGGCGAUGAAUAACAAUUUACUGAGGUCUUUGAAUGAUAUCUCUGAAUUUGAUGAUACUCGAGGAGGAGGUCACCAAAAGUAUCUGAUACACGCUCCAGGAGUAGACCUGGAUGAUGAAGUAAGGUACUACAUGUCGUCUAAGGUGAUCAAUAAUGGCACGGGUGCUUGUUUACAACCCGUGGAAGAAGGCUCUGGAGUAGUUGUACUGGAACCAGUAUCAAGGAGACUGUCAGAAGGGUUCAACAAGUAUAUUAGAACAGCCGUGAAUUGGGCCCUGUCGCCAUUGAAAUUAUCUCAUCAUCAUCAUAACCAUCAUCAUAAACACGAAGAAGGUUUAUAUUGCAUCGAGUAUUCAGUUUUUAAGCCAUUAAACCAUAUUUUCAGAAUAGAGAAUGAUUUACAUUUGGAAGUAUUCCGCCGGAAGUUGGCCAACUAUCAAGAGAGAGCUUCCUUGGGUAGUUCUGUUGACCCAACUACCAUGGUAAGUAAACGGGAAUUUGAUGAGUUGGUAGAUAUAGUCAUAGAAGGUAUAGAGGACCACCCUCCUGCUCGGAUAUCCCAAGGUUCAAGUGGUUCAUAUUUUAUAUUUGGACCAGAUGGUACAAGAGUAGCAGUUUUCAAACCUAAAGAUGAAGAACCAUAUGGCCCUUUGUCACCUAAAUGGUCUAAAUGGAUGCAUCGGACAUUCUUUCCAUGUUUCUUUGGUCGUUCAUGUUUAAUUCCAAAUUUAGGUUAUAUUAGUGAAGCAGCUGCUUCAACUAUGGAUAAACUAUUACUUACAAAUAUUGUUCCCUAUACUGGUGUUGUUUGGCUUAAAUCACCUGUAUUCUAUUACAAUUAUUGGAAGAAGGGAACACUCCCUCCUAAAAUUGGAAGCUUCCAAUUAUUCCUUAAUGACUAUGUUUCAGCAGCUGAUUUCUUCAAGAUGCAUCCACUACCUAAUGAUAUUAGUACGUUGCCCAUGAAUACCACCAUGGCCUACAAUGAUAAGCAGUUCAAAUGGUCCAAGAAAGUCAUUAUGCAAUUUCGACAUGAGUUAGAGAAAUUGGUUAUUCUAGAUUAUGUUAUAAGAAACACUGAUAGAGGGUUGGACAAUUGGAUGAUAAAAGUUGAAUGGGUGGAAGUCUGUUCUUCAUAUAAUGAUGAUAAUAAUAAUGGCCAGAUAUCUUCGUCAUCUCUAUCAACAAGCCGAAGUAAUUCACCACCAGAAGUAUCCAAAAGAAGGUAUGAACCAAGAUUGAAAAUUGGUGCUAUAGAUUCUGGUCUAGCAUUUCCCUGGAAGAAUCCAGACGAAUGGCGACUGUUCCCGUUUGGUUGGCUCUUUCUUCCUUAUUCCAUAAUUGGUCAACCAUUCACGACUACAACCCGUAAUCAUUUCCUUCCGUUACUUACCUCAAAAUACUGGUGGGAAAAGUUAGUGACAGAACUCAAGGCAGUGUUUCAAAUCGAUGCAGACUUCAAAGAAAGAAUGUGGCAUAAGCAAUUGGCAGUUUUGAAAGGUAAGGCAUUCAAUGUGGUUGAGGUGCUUAAACUUAGUUAUGCGGGUCCUUUAGAAUUGACCAGGCGUGAAGAUUUGUUAGUAUGGGAUGAUAUUAGAAGUAUCCCUCAAACUUUAACUCGUGGAAAGGGAGGAGGAGGAGGAGGAAGAGGAAUUAGUUUUAAUGGUGGUACUACUAGUGAUUAUUCUGAACCAUUACUGACUCCACAUCUCCCUCCUACACUGCCUUUGCUACCAUAUGCGGAGUUUGACCCCCGGAAGAAUACUCAGGACUGCGACACGGAAGUAGUUAUGUCUUCAGGUUUGUCUCUACCUGCAUCACCCCAAACUGUUAGUGACGUGUUUGCUGAUCCCAGCAAUGAAAAUACACCAUUACUAAAUGAGGUUAGUGGGUUUGAAUACAAUAUGAGGAAUAAUUUGUUGCUGGAUGAACUGCUUAUUAGACAAACUCGUGAAUGUGUUAUUGAAAGGAUUGAAGCUGUUUAUACACGAGGACCAGUAUUCACCUGGUGUUAA